CUACAAGUUGGGCAACGACUGAACAUCAAGAAAAGUGGACAAGUUGCUGCAUGGAUUUACGGGAGUUUUGUAGAAAAGAUCCAGAAUGCUGAAGCUAGGAUGGAUCCUCCAGGUCAUCUGAGACGGUCUGUGUGUUCUCCCUGCUCUCCGUCCGCGACAGCCCCUUCGUCCCCGAGUCUAGUCCCGCGGGGCCCCAUCUGCCUCUCCCUCUCCCGGCAGCAGCCCCCAGUAGUGGGGUAGCAGUGGAAAGGCGACCCUGUAAAUAUGUCUGGAUGGAGGUCUCAGUGGCGUCUCGUCCUGCUGAACUCCCUGACCUGCGGCCUGGAGAUCUGCGUGGCAGCUGGGAUCACGUAUGUUCCCCCCCUGCUGCUGGAGGCUGGGGUAGAGGAACAGUACAUGACUAUGGUGCUAGGUAUUGGCCCAGUGUUAGGUCUCAUCUUCAUCCCUCUGAUUGGCUCAGCCAGUGACCAUUGCAACAGCAGCUACGGCCGCCGCCGGCCCUUCAUCUGGCUGCUGUCCCUGGGCGUCCUCUUAGCCCUCUUCAUCAUCCCCCAUGCCAACCUGCUGGCUGCCUACUUCUCCUGGGGCGGACGCACCCUGCAGGUGGCCUUCCUCAUUCUCGGUGUGGGCCUGCUCGACUUCUGUGGCCAGGUGUGCUUCACGCCGCUGGAGGCGCUCCUGUCUGACCUGUACCGCGAUGAGGAGGACUGCAACCAGGCCUUCGCCAUGUUCUCCUUUAUGGUCAGCCUGGGAGGCUGCGUGGGCUACCUACUGCCUGCACUGGACUGGAGCCGGGGCCUGCUGUCCGUCUACCUGGGCGGCCAGGCAGAGUGCCUCUUCUUCAUGCUCAUCCUCAUCUUCGUGACCAGCGUGCUGAUCACCAUGAAGGUGUUGGAGGAGUCGCCGUGUGCCGGCGCCGCGGCCCUGGAGCCCGGUCCUCUCUUGGAGGCAGGCCGCUGUGGCGUGCCGCGCUCCUGCUGCUACCUGCUCAAGUGCAAGCUGCGGCUGCUCAAGUUGGAUCCGCUGCUGUGCCUGCUGAGGACGUGCUGGUCCAUGACGCCGGUCAUCUACCGCAGCUACUGCCACGUGCCCCGGGUGAUGAGGCAGCUGUGUGUGGCCCAGCUCUGCAGCUGGAUGGCCGUCAUGUCCUUCAUGCUCUUUUAUACAGACUUUAUGGGGGAGGGGCUGUACGAGGGCAUGCCCAGCGCUGCCCCCGGGACCGCCUCCAGGCAACGCUACGACGACGGCAUCCGUAUGGGCAGCCUGGGCCUGUUCCUGCAGUGUGCUACCUCAACUGUCUUCUCCCUGCUCAUGAGCCGACUGGUCCGCCAUUUUGGCUCGCGCCGGGUCUACCUGAGCAGCAUGGUGAGCUUCACCAUCUCUGCCCUGGUCAUAUGUAUGUCCAAGAGCGUGGUCCUGGUCACCCUGAUGUCAGCUCUGACAGGCUUUGCCUACGCCACGCUGCAGACGCUGCCCUACACCCUCACCUGCCACUACCACAAGGAAAUGGAGGUUUACAUGCCAAAUAAGAAAACCCAAAACAUGCUUAAGAAUGGGAUUGCGAUCAAGCGGGACUCGAUCACGCAUUUGACAGCCAUGGACGAGGAGGGGUGGCUAACCCACAAACUGGGUUGCACCAAUGGGCAUGCCUUCUUCAGCCAGGACGGCUCAGACUACUACCCCCCUCCCCACGGCCAGAAUGGAUCGUCCCUCAGCGCCACGGGCCCCGAGCAGGAUGAGCCAGAGGGCUACGAGAAGCGCGGCGUAGGAUUGGACUUUGCCAUCCUGGACAGCACCUUCCUCCUCUCUCAGGUCUUCCCCACUCUCUUCAUGGGCAUGAUAGUUCAGUUCACAAAGUCUGUCACUGCCUAUAUGGCCUCCUCCGCCAUUUUUGGCAUCAUUGCUAUUUAUCUGGCCAACCAGAUCAUCUUUGACCAAAAGGACCUCAAUAGCUGAAAGAACCAGGAACCAGUAGUGAAGGAAUGCACCCUUGGAUGCACGACUGCUUCCAGCAUGUAACGCUCCAGUGUUGUUGCUGGCCGUUGCCAUGGCAUCACCAAUGCAUUGCAAUGAGGCAGCCGUCUGUACGUUUGUAUGUAUGUGUGUGGCAGAAUUAAAGGAAAAUGACAAUUGUUACCUCCAGAGAUUACUGCAGGCAGUUACUAUGGCUACGAGAGAGAGGCAUUAGCUGGUCUGUCGACGCUGUCUGUGUACUUAAGAGUGUCUCUCACCUUGUUCCCCUCAGUCACAUAGAAGGCCGCUCAGAGAGGUCCCUUCUCCUUCUCCUCGGGUACAACUAGCUACACAGCUUGAUCAGACUCCAUCAGACCUUAGACAACUGAAAUACAGACGUAUUAACAUUUUACUCUCAUCUAUGUGUGAAGUGGUGGAGUUUGUCAACAUUAUAUCUUUAAAAUAGUCUGCUCUUAGUCGAAGUCAACAGGAGAUUAUUGCUCACUUCUCAUUCAGACUGGCCGCGGGAGAUAGGAACAAGCCAAUCUGGAGAGCCCAUUACCUGCUUGGGAAAGAAUCCGGUCUCACAUAGCUACAUGCUGCUACUCUAGGGCCAUGUUUUGUUUGUUCUUAUCAGCCAGGUUGUGCUUGCGGUCACAAUUAGUGAGUUAUGCAUUACUCACAGAGACUUACAUGUUAUCACACACAAGUGAUAAGUCAAAUGAGAUCAUUGGACUUGUUCCUUGAAGAAACGGCGAAUAGAAAAAUUGGGAAUGAUAAGUGUCACUUGCCCCUAGUGUUGGAUGUUUUUUGGUAAUUAACAGGUUUAUCAUAUAUAUUUUGCAUAUGAAUACAGAUAUGUAUAUCCCUAUGGGAAUUUCUUAUGUAACCUUUUUGGUAGAGGUCAUCUAUGAGGUCAUCUGUGAGGUCAUCUGUGUAACUGAGAUGUUAGGAUGAAGUUGUUCAAAGGUAUCAUUGCUUUUUUUUUAAGAACGUCUCAUCUCAGGAUAUUCCCCUCUUUUCUAGAAAUAUCAGACAGUGCCAUAUAGUGCCAUUCAUUACAGAAUCUCUACUGCCAUUAUGUUCAACAUGAUAUGACAAUCUAGGAAAGUAAAUGAGGUUAAUUAUCCAACACUUUAAAAAUCGAGGUACACUUAAUAUUCCCAUGAGCAAAAUACCAAAAAGUCAACACUGCAGCGAUACUGUGAACUGGGUUACUGAAAAUAGUUUUGGUAUGAUGACAGUUUUCUGUGUUCUGUUAAUUUUUUUUAGACUUUGUUCUGUGUACCAUACAUCUCUUCUGAAGGUCAACGUGUGUGUGUGUGUGUGUGUGUGUGUGUGUGUGUGUGUGUGUGUGUGUGUGUGUGUGAAAGAGAGAGAAUUUCAAAGUGCAAGUGUGAGUGCUGUGAAGAGAGCAGGGCAACAUGGUAUGACUUUGGAUAAGUGCAGUCUCUCCUCACCUAAGAGAAUACUGCAGACUUUCUGUAUCUCAUCCGUUGAUGUAUAUUUAAAUAGUAAUUUACAUUUUAGUAAUUUAGCAGAUACUCUUACCCAGAGCGACUUAUAGUAGUGAGUGCAUACAUUUUCGUACUUUUUCGUAACCAAACAUAAUUUAAUAGCCCAUUUAUGCAAUGAUGAGGUUGCUAAAUACAGUUGGCCCUAUUGGAUAUACAGUGCAUUCGGAAAGUAUUCAGACCCCUUGACUUUUUCCACAUUUUGU